AUGACAGGUGCAACCCAGACCAUUAGUCUUCCAUUAACCUCCUUUGCUGGAGCAAACUUGAAUGCCAUCAGGGCAAUCGUAUUUGGAAGUUUUUCCACCCGAGGGGCUUGGGAAAUUGGCCAGACGCAACUCGUCUGCUCAUCAGGUUCAACUCAGCCAACUUCAUCGACUAAAACAUCAAGUGUUCCUGUUACCACCCCUACGAUUGCACCUACGACAGCAGGUCCAACCACUCUCGCCAGCUCUACUUUGAAGACUUUGGUGCCUACAACCAGUUCGGCACCUCCUGGAACAUGCUCAAACAUUCUCAUUGACGACUUCGCCUCUCAAUCUAGAUUGACUUUCCUCUUCUACAAUGCCCAACUUCUUCCUUCAUCAGAUGAUGGGACGAUGGCGCCAGUCGCGGAUCGAGCUGAUACAUUCACUUCCGUGAUUGUCGCGAACAAUGCUCUUACUCUCACACCCGCUAACGCGAACUCUUACUGGUAUACCCAGCUGGGAUGCGUCAAGGCUACAAACACAUACGGAGGUAUCGGUCUCACGAUUACAGCUGCCAGAGGUACUACCAUGACAAUCGAACUUCAAACCUCAAAAAGCUGCACAACGGAUAACCCAACUUCUAUUGAUGUAAGUUCUGCUGAUCUUGGAUGGACAUUCGACGGUACUGCCAAGUACUAUACCAUCCCAUUCUCCAAGUUCUCCGGACUCGAUACCGACCAUCUUGUCACCCUUCUGUUCUCUGGUAUCAGCAAACCCGUAACUUUUGGUCCAAUUGCCGUGUAUUGCGGCAACACUGGAUCUGCGUAUCCAGUUCCAUCUACUGCUGCAGUAGUCCAGCCAAGCUCAACUGUUCCAGCGACCACUGGUCCUUCCGCUUUAGUCAUCGAUACAUUUACCGGUGCCGAUUCCAACAACCUAGGCUUCUACCACGGUGGAGAUGAUGAGAAUUUAUUUAAGCGAACAAGUGGCAAACUUACCAUCAACACUAAGGGCAAUUCCGACCUUUCUUGGUACACCCAGAUUUCCGGAGGUUGUACUGACCUGACACCAAACGAUAAUGGCUAUCUCCACAUUGUUUAUACCGGUAGCAACUCCUUCUCAAUUGCUCUCCAGCAACACAAUCCUACCUGUAACCCCGAUAUCAACCCAUAUCCUUACACUUGGGACUCCGUCGAGGCUUCCAGAUACUCCAACAGUGGCAAAACUGACAUUUACGUGCCUUUGUCUCACUUCGCCAUUGAUCGCAAGAAGACCAUUGGCUUUGCGCUGAAAGGUUUCUUUACGAGCACCACCACCGUCGUGACCAAGAUGGAGAUCGUUAAGACCGUUCCUAACGGGUUUCUUGUACCAAGCAAACUGAGCAGUGCCCCUCUCCUUUUCGCCUGCACAAGACCCAACUCUUUCGCUUUCGCCAUCGAUGACGGAAGUCCAGAGUUCGCCCAGAGAGUCGUAUCUUCAAUCGACGCAGCUGGGAUCAAAGUCACAUUCUUCACCGUCGGAGCGCCACUUCUCGAUGCCAGCACCAACCUUACUAAUGUCUACAAAACCAUGCUCAGCCGUGGCCAUCAAAUCGCAUAUCACUCAUACACGCAUCCUCCAAUGGAAGGUCUCCCUAGUCUCGCAGCCAUCGACUGGGAAAUCCAAGAAGACAUCAAAGCCGUCUCGAAAACCUUGGGUAUCACAUCAACCUACUUCCGUCCCCCAUUCGGCACAGAAGGUGCGCGUGUCCGUCAACGUCUCGCAGCAUUGAUUCCAAAUGUCAAAUUUAUCGCGUGGAGCGUGGAUGUGCAAGAUUGGUUAUGGGCCAUGACCGCCACACCUGAGAAACAGUUGACGAACUUCCAGGCUGAUGUUAAUAAGGGCGGGAAUUUGGUUGUCAUGCAUUAUCUGUAUGAUAGCACGGUCUCGUAUCUGCCCCAAUUUAUUGAUAUUGCGAAGAAGACGGGGAAGCAACUUAUGCGUGUUGAUCAGUGUAUGGAGGAUCCGAAUGCGCCGGCUUUGUGA